UUAUUUUAUUUUAUUUCAUGUUUUCUCUCGCACUUUCUCUCUCCUCUCAGUUGCCUUUCCCCUUCCCCCUCUCUCUCCUCAUGCUACAGAAAAAUUAGGGUUUUGAUUCGCCUGGUGCUGUUCUAGGGUUUCGUCUGAGCGCUAGGAUUUGCUAUUUAUUUGAUGAGAUUCUGGAAAUGCUGGAUUUGUGGAAUUAGGGUUUCUUUUUCUCCCUAAUUUUGUUCGGAACUUAGUGUUCUUGUUGCUAAAAAAAGGUCGCAUUUUGCUGGGAUUUGUUUGUGAUUCCAUGUUGUUGUCAACUUCUACGGAUUGUUUUGGUUGGAAUGCGUGAUUUAUGAGGGGUCCUCUGCGAUUCUGUGGAGGAUCCCGUCGCAGGAGGCAGCUAAUAGCGCUAAUUAGGGUUUUUUUUACUUUUGCUUUGGGGCUAGAGGUUGUGUUGGGAAGGGGCAUUUGGUAGGAGAUGGUUGUUCUUGGUGAAGAGUAGUGGUUUUGAUCAUAUGAGCUAAUCGGAAGAAGAGGGAAAGUGUUUGCGGGCCAUUUUUUUGGCAUUUAAUUCUAGUGGACAUUUACACAUCUGGGAUGGAUCUUUCUCACGAUACAAGUGGCAUGGUACUGAUUCCAACACGGUUUGUGUGGCCUUAUGGGGGGAGAAGGGUCUUUCUCACUGGCUCCUUCACUAGGUGGAGUGAACACAUACCAAUGUCCCCGGUAGAGGGUUGCCCUACUGUAUUUCAGGUUAUCUGUAGCUUGACACCCGGCAUUCACCAGUACAAGUACUUUGUUGAUGGAGACUGGAGGCAUGAUGAGCGGCAGCCUCAUGUGACAGGAAGUUAUGGGGUUGUGAACACUUUGCUUCUUACCCAGAGCGCUGAUCAUUUACCUGCAAUUUCAAACCCCGAGUCCCCUGGAAACAGAAUGAAUAUGGAUGUAGAUAGUGAAAAUUUUCAACGAGUGCAGGUCAAAAUAUUAGAUGGUCCACUACAUGAGACACAUCUUAGCAUUCCAGAGGCUGAGGCAGCAUUCUUCUUUCAACGAAUUUCAACAUUCUUGUCAGAGCAUACUGCUUAUGAGUUGCUUCCGGAUUCUGGGAAGGUGAUUGCUCUCGAUGUCAAUUUGCCUGUAAAGCAAGCAUUUCAUAUUUUGUAUGAGCAGGGAAUCCCUGUUGCUCCUUUAUGGGACUCAAGAAUGGGCCAAUUUGUUGGAGUGCUCAGUCCUCUGGAUUUUAUACUCAUUUUGGAAGAGCUUGGUAAUCAUGGCUCAAAUCUGACAGAGGAAGAGCUUGAGACCCAUACGAUAUCUGCUUGGAAAGAGGCAAAACAGCAUCUUCUUAGGCAAAUGAAUCCACACACACAGGCAUCCAGCAGGAAUCUGAUUCACGCUGGUCCAUAUGAUACACUGAAAGAAGUGGCGUUGAAGAUUCUGCAAAAUGAGGUCGCCACACUUCCAAUCAUUCAUUCAUCAUCACCUGAUGGGUCCUUUCCUCAGUUACUGCAUCUUGCAACCUUAUCAGGAAUACUGAAACGUAUUUGCCGGUACUUUAGACACUCUUAUAAUUCAUUGCCUAUUCUUCAACAACCAAUAUGUAACAUUCGUUUGGGUACAUGGGUCCCACAAAUUGGAGAGUCAAGCAGAAGGCCAUUGGCAAUGUUGAAACCAAAUGCAUCACUACGCUCUGCCUUGUCUCUGUUAGUACAAGCUCGGGUUAGUUCAAUACCCAUAGUUGAUGAAAAUGACUCUUUGCUGGAUACGUAUUCCAGAAGCGACAUCACUGCUUUGGCCAAAGACAGAGCUUAUGCGCAUUUUCACAUUGACCAAAUGGCUAUUCAGCAGGCUUUGCAACUUGGACAAGAUGCAAAUUCUCCUUACGGGUUCUUCAAUGGGCAACGAUGUCAAAUGUGUCUUCGAACUGAUCCACUGCGCAAAGUAAUGGAGAGACUGGCGACUCCUGGUGUCCGCCGCGUAAUCGUCGUGGAAGCCGGGAGCAAGCGCGUCGAGGGGAUUAUUUCACUCAGCGAUGUUUUCAGAUUCUUGCUUGGAUCGGCUCAAGCAUCCCCAACCAAUGCUUAGGCCACGAAUUGAAUUAUUUGUUUUGCAUCAUCACUUCUUUUUUUUUCCUUCUUUUUUCUCCUUUUUCAGUUCUCCUUUCUUUUUUCUUUUACCGCAAAAGAAAAAGGGGGAGAGGCCUCAUUAGUGGAGGGCCAAGCAAUGUUUUACUGUAAAGGCUACGUGAGAGGCCUCUGUAUAUGGGAGGGAUGGAUAUUCUUUUUCUUUUUUCACUUAAAUUUUUUUAAUAGUGGUCCCAAAUUCUCGUGUAUUUAAGAAAUUGGCAAUUUCACAAUGCUACUAAAUGGUACUCUCUGAUAAAAGGAGGGUUAGAAUCACUAUAUUAGAGUGAGAUCAUCCAUUGUUGCUUAA